GGGAGCUUCAGUUGGUUCAGCUGACUGGCAGAGCGCACGUAGCGGAAACCCGGGCGAGACACUUUUUAUUGUUUUUCUCCACAACCGUCGUCGAGCGCUUUUUAAUAGUUUUUAUUAUCUACUAUAUCUAUACACCGCUUUUCGCCGCUCGCCUAUACAGAAAACUUGAAAGCAGCGAACGCCACCUAGCGGCGAGCAGCCAGCAACUGUGCGCGUGUGCUUGCCUGCGUACGUGUGUGUGUGUGCGUGCGUGCGUGUGUGUGCGUGUUCAAUUUGUGUGUGAAAAUGCCGACGGCUUUGCAAGCGGGCAAACCAGACUGCAGCCAGGGCUAGCUAGCUAAAUUGAUCCCCGUUCCCCUGACCCCCUCACUCUAACCCCCCCACCAGCGUGCCCUAGAACAAAACUGCAUACAGUGGCUGCUGCACUUAUGUCCACGCUGGCCAGCAGUCGCCAUCCGACGCUGAAUCUGACCCUCAAGCGCAGCCUCAGCAGCAGCAGCAGCAGCAACAACAACAACAGCAACGAACUCCAGCCGCAGUUGGAGUCGCCUGCCACAGCCACAGCGGAUGCAAUGCAUCCGGAUUGCCUGCCCCUGCCCCUGCCCCUCCCGCUUCACGGCAGCCGCAGUCCACAGCUGCGGCCGCCCGACGAUGGCGACAUGGAGGACGCCAGUUCCGCCUGCGAUGAGCACAUGGUCAACAUCCUGGAUGAUCCGCCCGAUGAGGACGAGGCCGAUGCGGAGGAGGAGCUCGAUGAUGCCGCCAGUUGUUGCAGCGAGAACAGCGUGUUGAGCGUCGGCCAGGAGCAAUCGCAUGUGGCUGCCGCUCAAGCGCGACAGCGGCUACUCAUGAGCCAGCUCUAUCGACCGUCGGCAUUCAGCAGCGUUACCACGCCCCAUUCGCCCAGCGAGGCAGAGGAGGCAGCUGGUCAGAUGGCGGCUCCAGCUGCAAGUUUUCAGGAGGAAUUCCUCCGUAAAUCUCAACUCUAUGCCGAGGAGCUGAUGAAGCAGCAAAUGCAGCUGAUGGCAGCGGCUCGAGUGAAUGCUUUAACAGCGGCCGUGAUGCCAUUGGGUGGCUUAAGGGGACCCAAGGUGUCGCAACAGUUGCAGAUGGCUGCAGCAGCAGCGGCAGCGGCAGCCAUGCGACCCACAACGGGGCAGGAUGCGUUGGCGCAGCUAACGGCAACGGCGCUGGGCAUUGGAAGUGCGACGCAUCCGCAUCAGCUGCUGAUGCAGCAACAGUUGCAGCCGCUUUCGUACCAGCAGCAGCAACAGCAGCAACAACAGCAACAGUUGCAGCAACAACACUACAACAACAACAACAACAUUCAGCAUCACAACAACAACAAUGUGCGCGAAGUCAAGUUCAGCAUCGACAACAUACUCAAAGCGGACUUUGGCUCCCGCCUGCAACAGCGUUUGGCUGCAGUUCCCGGAGCAGCCGCAACGGCAGCAACUGUUGCAGCUGCAACGCCAGCAGCAGCAGCAGCAGCCUUGAGCCUGAAGGCGCCACGAAAGUCAGCGAAACCGUUGAAUUUGGCGCCCGUUCAGCUGCAAUCGCAACCGAGUCUGAGCUUCUCCAGCAGCCUGGCGAACAUCUGCAGCAACAGCAACGAUUCGAAUAGCACCGCAACCAGCAGCAGCACAGCGAACAAUGCGCCAGCCAUUGAUCUGGUCAAGUCGCCCAAUGCCACAUCGCCAGCACCCGCCAAGAGUGUCGAGGAGGCAGCCACAGCAGCAGCAGCGGGAGCGGGAGCAACGGGAACUGGAUCAACGACAACAACGGGAAACAGUUCCACGCCCAUCGUUUGGCCAGCGUGGGUUUAUUGCACCCGCUACAGCGAUCGUCCCAGUUCAGGUCCGCGAACGCGCAAACCGAAGAAGCCAGCGACGACGGGGGCAGCGGGCAGCGGCAGCGGCGACAAGUCCGAUGCGGAUGGUGGCUCCGGUUGCAGCGGUGUGCCGGAGGAUAAACGACCUCGCACCGCAUUUAGUGGCACGCAGCUGGCACGUCUAAAGCACGAGUUUAAUGAGAAUCGGUAUUUGACGGAGAAGCGACGUCAGCAGCUGAGCGGUGAAUUGGGACUCAACGAGGCACAGAUCAAGAUCUGGUUCCAGAACAAACGGGCCAAGCUGAAAAAGUCGAGCGGCACCAAGAAUCCGUUGGCGCUGCAGCUGAUGGCGCAGGGACUCUACAAUCACUCGACGGUGCCGUUGACGCGCGAGGAGGAGGAACUUCAGGAGCUGCAGGAGGCGGCUGCGGCGUCGGCAGCGACUGCGACGUCAUCAUCACCGUCAUAGGGCAAUAUUUAUAAUUAAUAUUAACAUUAAUAUUUAUAGCGUAGCGUGUAAGUUUAGUGCUUAAAGUUGCUAAACAAUUAAGUUGUAAAAUAUUCUAGUCUCCCCCCGUCGGCGCACGCGAUUACACGCCUCUCCCCUCCUCCCCGCAACCCCUUUGCCAACAUUCAAACAAGCUGAGCACGAACACAAGCCGAGUUCGAGUUCGAAGCGAACCGAACUGAAGCGAAGCUGGAACAUGGCGAAUAUGGCGAAAAGGGCUUUUUGGGUUUCAAUCGCACUGCGCUGCGUGUUUUUGUAACAUAAAUAAAGCAACAAUAAGAAGAAGAAGAAGAAGAAGAAGAAGAUGGAGAAGUAUGUAGAUGUAGAAGCAGAAGAGGAGAAGCAGCUGAGAAGUGGAUGAAAUGUUCAUAAAUAAAAUACAUAAUUUAAUAAACA